ACCAUGCUCACAACCCACACCACACAGUCACACACCACUAUUCCAUUCUCUCUUGCCAAACCUUUGCUCAACCUAUCCUCUAAUGGCUCCCACUCUUCAUCUUCUUCUUGUCCUCUUCUCUGUCUUCUCUCUUUCAUUCGAAUCCACGCCCCCCUUCAAGCCUAGCACGCUUGUCUUACCGGUGCAGAAAGACAGUUUCACAAGCCUUCAUGUCGCGAACAUUCACAAGAGGACUCCUCUCCAAUCCAUCCCAUUUCUAAUCGACCUCAAUGGCCGGUUGUUGUGGGCUAACUGCGAGCAACACUACCUGUCAUCGACCUACAACGCCCCGCUGUGCCACUCGACUCAAUGCUCACGAGCCAAUAGCAACUACUGCUACAAAUGUUCCUCCCGGGCAAGGCCUGGCUGCCACAACAACACAUGCGGAGUCCUAACCACAAACCCCAUCACGCUUCGCACCGGAGUCAGUGAGCUAGCCCUAGAUGUCCUCUCAAUCCAAUCCAUCCGAGGAUCGAACCCUGGGCCUAUGGUCACUGUCCCGGAGUUCCUCUUUGCUUGUGCACCUUCAUUCUUGUUCCAAGGACCGCUACCCAAAAAUGUCCAAGGAGUAGCUGGUCUAGGGCACACACCAAUAGCCUUACCAACUCAACUUGCCUCUCACUUUGGGUUUAGGCCACAAUUUGCUUUGUGUCUCUCUUCAACUACGAAUACAAAUGGAGUCAUUUUCUUUGGAAAUGGACCUUACUAUACUCGCCCCGGCUUAGAUAUUUCGCGCCAGUUAGGGUUUACUCCAUUGACAAUUAGUCCACUAGGAGAGUACUACAUACAAGUGAGCUCAAUAAGGAUCAAUCAAAAGCCUGUCCCAAUCAACACAUCUGUACUUUCGAAAAACAAACAAGGGUUUGGUGGGACAAUGAUCACCACAACAAGUCCUUACACAAUUCUAGAGCACUCAAUUUAUAGGGCUUUUACGCAGUUCUUUUGCAGCCAGCUCCCGAAUGAGCCCCAAGUGACGCCGGUGGCGCCGUUCGAAACUUGUUUCGAUGCGAGGAAGUUGAAGAGCACGAGAGUUGGGUAUGGGGUUCCUAGCAUUGAUUUUGUUUUGCACAAACAAAACGUGGUUUGGAGGAUGUUUGGCGCGAACUCGGUGGUGCAGGCGCGGCCUGGGGUGGCGUGUUUGGCGUUUGUUGACGGAGGGUUGAACCCGCCUAAAGCUUCGAUUGUGAUAGGGGCGUACCAGUUGGAGAAUAAUCUGCUUCAGUUUGAUCUGGCAAGGUCUGUGUUGGGUUUUAGCUCUUCGCUGCUGUCCCAGCGCACUUCUUGUGCCAACUUCAACUUCACCUCCACUCCAUAGGUAUAUAUAGAGAGAGAGAGAGAAAGAUUGUGUGUGUGUAAUGUGUGUGUGUGUGUGAGAGAGAGGGGGAUGGAGAGCAUGUGUUAUGUAUGUUGGUGUGAGCUUGUGUCUGUGUGUGUAAAUUUCUGUUGUCAAUAAACUGCCAUCUUUGUUUUUGAUGGCUGAAGUGUUAGAUAUUAAA